AUGGCUAGUCCGACUGGAAACGCGGGCCAAGAAAAUAAAAGAGCUAGUGAUGAAAAACGUAGCGUGAAGGCCCGCUUUUAUCAGUAUUUCAGGCUCACCAGCACGUUUUUAUAUGUUGCAUUGGUUGCGCGAUGGGCUAUACUUUACCCGCUAGUUGGAUCGAAAUUCUUGCCCGGGGGCAUCCACGAAUUCCUAUGCUACCUGUUGAUAUACGCAGCAACUUCAGAGAUGUUUUGGACUACUGUGUUCCACGGAUUCCUCAAAUCGAUGUUCUCUCGAAUCGUGCUGAAAAAUGUUAAUCUUCUGUACUUCGUGGGGAACUUACAUUUCCACGACGACUACGAGCACGCUCCAGUCCUGAAAAGUGCUGCUUAUUCGAGCUUCAUAGUCACCGUGGGACUAAGCCAAACCUAUUGUCAUUGGUGCAAAUUGUUCCGCUCACCAAAGCACAGCCGAAAAACGGUUUUGCAGAAAAUCGACACAUAUGUGACUUUACCCAUAAUGUAUUUGAGCGAGGGCUACUUGCUGUUGCUGAACUUGCAAACACCAAGUUUUCACACAUAUCCGUGGCUCCAAACCGUUAACAAAGCUGUGCUGGUCGCAUUUAUCCCAAUCUGCCUGCAUGCGCUCAGAAAACAGGUUGCCUCGCAGUAA